GCGUGACUGUCAGAUACUACUUCAACAUCUCGACCAAUUCUGCCGUACACGCAUAAGGUAUUCCUGUCAGCCAACAAUGCAUUAUAGCUGGAAUCAGCUCAGAUGUGGAAGUAUAUGAUGCAGACUCGGGCCGAGGACCCAGGUAUAUGUUGGGCCCUAAGUUUCAUUUUGCUUUUGUAUUGUAAGGCGGAACUGUUGUGUUGGGAUUUGAGGGGAAGGAAUUUCAGAUAGGACUCGGUUGCUUACAUUUCUCAGGAUAGAAACUGCACGGCAGGUGGAGGGAUGAGUCUCUCCCCUGUGAUUGGCACAGAAGUGCCAGAAACAGCUAACGGGGUUGUAAUACCCAUUGCUUCGGAGAAUGGCCCUCAUGUUUCAGUCUCAGUGAAAUGUGGGGGGAGAAGAGUGCCCUGUCCUGGGGAGGUAUCAGAUGAUGGCUCCCUUGGAUAUACAGAGAACCAUGCAGAUGUGGAAAACAAAGUUUACGAUGGCGAAGGUCGCCUGGAUACAGAGAUGGCCAUUAAUGAGAGAACCUCUAGUUUAUCAUUGCACACCCCUUGGGUGACAGACCCCUCCCUCCCUGCUGCCACAUGCACAGGAGACUCUGAAUCAGGAUCUAUCAUCAGAGACAUUCUUGAGGCCUCUAACACUGUCGAGCCUCCUGGUGCAGCUCUGCUGUGGGACUCAGCAUGCACCAAAGACACAUCUCAGCGAGGAGGACCUGUUACCAUAGAGAGACAGCUGCCAGAGGCAGAGAAUGUAGACAGAGGCACUGACAGCCAAGAGAAGGAGAAACAGGAUGAGGAGGAUGACGAGAAGAAUGAACACAAGUGGAGGAAUCAGUAUGCAGGAGGGAGAACACAGAUGGAGUCUUCACGACACUACUCGUCCUCAGCUCCUGGUCCUAGCACCUCCUCCUCUUCCUCUCCCCCACCUCCUCUUCUUCCCUCAGAUGACGCCCCCUGCCCUCCCCACGUCAUGGCACAGGUUUGGGUUCGCAACGUCCGGGGGAUGCAGGAUAGCAAGAGCCUGGAUGAAAUCAGCCAAGCGUGUGGAGGCAGUUCGGGUGCACGGGGAGGGGGCAGAAGUGGUCAGUCAGAGGGCCGACGGGCCACAAUCUCGUCAGCUCUGGAGCUAGAGGGGACAGUCAGCCAUGAGGGAGACUUGACUAACUUCAUCACCAAGAACCUGGAGCAGAAGAUCAAGAUGAGCUCCAAGCCCAGUCUGGACUGCAGUGACUCGGACUGUUCAGGUCCCAUCUACCGAAGUCGGGGGUUGUCACGGAGACCAGCGGAUAUCCCACCCAUUGAUCCCUCUGUGCUAUUGGACCUGCAGAAACACACACAGGAAGUUGCACACAGUGUGGAGAUGAUGAUGCGGAGCCUCAAUGGAACCAUCCAGAAUAUGACAGCUCUGAGUGUGGGCUACAUCCAGACCUACAGGGACUCAGUUGACAGCCUGGGAGAGUCUGUAGACAUGAGUAUAAAGGGCAUGUACACGCUGAUGGCUCGCUGUGAGGAGUUGGAUCGUUCUAUGCAGCCCAUACACACCCUGGCUGCACAGAUCCGUGACAUCAAACGCACCCUGGACGCUCUUGAGGCGAUCUGCAAGUAACCCUGCAUGUGUUGUACGAAAACACAUCCCAGCUGCAAAGAUCCAACAUCAAGCACAUCCUGAACGAGGCUGUCUGCAAGUAACUCCACCCCUCUGCAGGUACCACACACACACCGCAGCGAAGAUUAAGUGCAACUCUGGAGUACUGGAAACAUUGGUACUAGGCAUGCUGGAUGAGUGGCACUCAUAGUCCCUCUGCUUGUUCAUUGUUUGAGGGUGAUCAUGUUUGUGUUGUGAGAUCUCAAAUGAAUUGCGCUUUGUUCGCUCUCGGGUCUGAGCUUUUUCUUUUUUUUUUUCUUUCUUUUUAAGCAACCUCGUUUCCUCUUACAAAAUUAAAAUUUCACGAAUUGAUAAUUUUUGGAAACGUUUGCCCUGAACGCACACACACGCACGCACACACAUGCACGCACACAACACACACAACACACACAACACACACACAACACACACACACACACACACACACACACACACACACACACACACACACACACACACACACACACACACACACACACACACACGUACAAACAGAUCCCUAGAGAUGUGGGGGUAGACGCCCUCUCUUCCCACUUUACAGGAGGAAUUGUGUGUUGUUAUCCGUCCAGCCUGUUUGGUUCAGAUUGCACUAACCUCUCCUCCCCUCAUGGGGGCAAUGUUUCUCUCUCUGUCUGUCUCUGCCUAUGGAGAGACCAGUAUAAACUGCUCAGAAGGUGACUUUUGCACAGGAACAGAAAGUCUAUUUUUUAAUCUUAUGCAAAAAAGAUCAGAUUCUUUCACUGUAGGCUAAAUGAAGCAUUGAAGGGAGUGGAUCACCACAUCUGUCUGUCUGUCUUUUUUAUGUUUGUUCAUUCAGUUUUCUCAACAUGCAUGCUUUUUCAAAGACAAUGCUUCUCUAUGUCAUUGGGAACUGACCAAUUCCUGCUCUCUGACCAGAAAGUGUCGCUUUUUCCAUUCAGAUUCUCUCAGACUGUCCAUCAAUUUAAAAAUACUGGCAACCUUUGAAUCACAGGGCUGCUUCUUUAAUUUUAAAGCUAGAACCAGGCGUCAGAUGGGCUAAAUCUUUUCUCGUCUGUGUCAAUGCAAUCCAAGAUGUUGUUGAGAAAAUAACUGGAAAAAUAUCUUAUCUAGCCUUCACAGCCUUCACAGUGGAAUAUUUGAAAAGCUUUAGAUACUUAAGAUUUUACUUUUAGAUGUCAUCAGAAGUGAAAACACUUUAUGCAAGACAGAAAUUUGAAAUUUGAAGCCACUGAAAAUCUUUUCAUUUCCAGAUUUUUUAAAAUUUAUUUCUAGCCAACAAACUGCUCAGUGUCAUUAAUUGGAUCUUGUUGGUUCAGUUUUGAUUUAGCCAAUUUAAAGAAAUAAUAUAUGUAUUAGAAGAGCUCAAUUUCAUAAAACAUUCUUUUAAAUCCAUUAAAUUCUACUUGAAACAUGGUUUUCAUCUUAAAUUAGCUGCUAAACUUCAACCAUUUCCGAAGUAGUUUGAGGUUUUUGGCUGCAACUGUAAGUUUAACUUAAGAUACCUUAAUUUGAAUCAAAAUCUGCAUUAAUUCUGAAUUGACUACAUGUGUAUGUGAAUGUUGGGAAAUCUGUAUAUUAAACUCAGAUUGCUUAAGGUUUGAUUCUGAUUGCACUGAACAGUCACAGAGAAAUUACACAGACAACAGUUAAGUUGCUGUGCAACACGCCCUAGCUUUUGCUUUCUUCAACAAGGAAAACAUUGAACGAAGGAGAGUUCUGGGAAUCUGGGAACUGUCGCCGGACGGAGUCAGGUCAUAGCCUUUGGAUGUAAUCUAACAUGGACUUGUAUCACUUUUAAUUGAUUACAAAGUGAGUAUUUAUUGGUUUAAAAGACACUGAACUACUGCAUUGUCACCUGGCUGUUAUUUUACCAACCUAAAGCCAUGUGCUCUCAUGGGGCAUUACACUCUAUUUAAUGAAGAGACAGUGGUACUUCUGUCAUUGCACUGGUGGAUAGCCUUAUAGUAAAUCAUUGUACGUGUACUAGAUUUUUGUACGUGUACCUAUUACUGAUGACAGGCAAUAUGUAAUUUGGCCUGAGUAGUGUUUAUGGUGUCGUGAUGGCUUUCUUAUAUUGGACACUACAGACCUUUUGCGAUAUUUCAUCUACAAAACGUUAUCAGAGCAAUACUGCAGGCAAAGUACAUGUUGGCCAUAAUAUUGAUGCCUAAAUCUAAUAUAAAAUGCAUAAUUUUUGAACGUCUUUUCAAAGUGUCACCUUUGGAAGUGGAACUUGGAGCAGCAACGUGACUCUGUAUUCUCUAAACUGUCUCUACACGCAGCUCUGCACCUUUUAAUGUGAUUUCACUACUGUGGGAAAAUAAAUCAUGUUAUUGGCUUCACAAAAAGCUCGGAUUGCAUUCAAUGUAACAUCUGCUCUUUGUCUCCUUGUAACUUUCCUCAACGUUGUUGGCAAAAGCUUGUGAAAUGUGUCAGGGAAAAAUUCAAAGACAGGGGGAAGCAUAAUUAAAAAGCUUAUAUUAAAGUUAUAAUUAUCCUGGUUCCCUUGACGAUACUGAAAUUUACUCAAAUAUGUCCAAGGCCGUGAAGAUGUAAAUUAUCUUUUGCAGAUGAAGGUAAAAACGUCCAGAGAAUGGACAUUUGGGAGUCUUGGUAGAUUUCCGAGGUGAGAGAGGAUCCUUGACAUGGUAGAUGAGAGAGGAAAUGUCAUUUUCUUGUUCAUAAUAUAUACAAAUGUAUGAUUUCAUUAAUUUUCUGUUGUACAAUCAGAUGCACCUGUGUACAUAUGAUCUCUCUCUGUGACUACAAAUGAUUUAGAUACCCUUCGUCUUGAGUGUAUAUUUUAAUGAAAAAUAACAAAUAAAUUUACAU